GCCAAGCCAAGCAAAAAGGCUGUUGUGCUCCUUGACACUCUGAAUAUGGCAGAAGGGUUCACAGCCGCAGACUACGUCACAAGCCUGCCUUUGUCCGAGGUGCAGGGCAAGCGAUUGUGGCUCUUGAGGGUUCCCCGACAUAUCGACACAUCCAGACUGGAGGGUGUCAAGGUUAAGCUGCCACGAAAGGGCCGGGAGGGGAAGGUGUUGGGCAGGGCCAACAAGCGAAACGAUAGCGAAGAUGGAGAUAGCGACGAGGAGGGUGGAAACCGAGACGGUGAAGAUUUGGCGCUCAGGGCAGGAGACGUUGCGGAGACCCAUGGGUUCCGGGCCCUUUUCAGCGCCAAGGAGGAUGGCGCGUUGGCCGCCGCGCCUCCAUUUGUUGGCCAGGUGAACGUUUCAGUGGACAUGCCAGAUGUUGACGCGUCCGUUGCGGAUGGCGACCCACGCGUAGACACGUUCGUCGAGCCCUACCAGGGACGGCCUCAGCUGAAGGGAAUGCGGGUGCGUUACAAGCCGGCCAGAGCAGGAUCAGAGUAUUCGCCGUGUCGCCCGCCAGCUGGACAUGAACAACCAAAGGGACGCCAAGACGAUGAAGAUGGUGCAACACCGGCUACCCCCGACCAGGGGAAAAAAGCGAAGAAAGCUUCUGCGGCCAACUCCAGAGGAGUAGCAGCGGCGCAAGCAGCAGAGGUUUCUGCAGAAACACCGAAAAGCUCCAAGAAAAAGAAGAGAAAGUCGACGGCGGGGGGGGUUCGUGCAGAGGAGGAGGGGCACGGGGUGUCUUCGGCCAAGAAGUCCAAGAAGAAGAAAGGCGUCGAAAGAUAG